AUGGCGGCCGAUCCUGCGGCACAGCGUCAGUUCUUGAAAGAUAACGUCGAUGCCGACUUUAUCUUCCUUCUGGAAGAGCAUGGUGUUGACUUAGCGUUGCAGUACGCCAUUGGUCAGCAUUACAAGAGUAUCAGGACAUUUGCUGCAUUUGCCGAUGAUAGGGGGGCGGCUCGGACGGCCAUCACCGCGGACUUCGGCGUUCGAGCUGAGAGUGCUGCAGAUCGUGCUAGGAUGGCGUGUGUCAUCACUUCUUGGGAAGCUUCCAAAUUGAUUCGCGAGGAGGAAGCUAAGCUUCGGGCUGAGGCUAAGGUGUUGGGGGUCCAGAAGCCCCUCGUCUCUUCCGAUCGAGCGGCUAUGCGAGCUGCUUUGGAGGCGGUAAGGGGCUACUCUGUUCCAGAAUCUGAGGAGCCUGCACCUGAGUACCUCGCACACAAGCUUGAGCAGAUUGAGAAUGGCGAGCCCACCGCUAGUUAUCUUGAUGAGGUUAUUUCACGUAAGGAGUCCAACUCUUUGCAGCUUCAGACUUCACUGGACAAUCAGGGCCGCCUUCGUGUUAUGCGCCAGAAGCCCAAGGGGAAGCUCCCACAGAACACUGAGGAACUCCGAGCGAAGAUUCGGCUCGAGGCAUCAACAUGGGUGAUGUUGGCCGCGAAGUGUCGCGGUCGUGCCUAUUUGCAGGGAUUGCAGUUGUCACAUUUUGAUCGUUUCUUGGAAUAUCUUCUGGGAGACAAGUGCUACAGCAUGCAAGUCGCAUCGGCGGCUCCCAUGAGUUCUUCUGCACAUGCUGAUCGUCACACUUUGUCUGUGCCCUGGAAUAUCUUGCUUCAGUAUGAGUUCGAGCUUCGUAAAUGGGCCAUCAAGGAGGCACAUCGUUUGAGUGCCCCGCUGGGUGACAAGCUGCAUGAGGCUACCACCAACACCGAGCUCAAGGAGCUGCAUUUUACGUCUCAGGUGGCAUUGUCUCGACGCUCGACCGGCGCCGACCCUCCGCCACCAAAGUGGCCCCGCAAGGGUGACGGCAAGAAGGGAGAAAAGGGCGGUAAAGACAAAGGUGGCAAGGAUGGAAAGGGCAAGGCCGAUGGCAAGAUCAAAAUCGGCGAGUCAUGGUUCGAUCUGGUCUCGAAAACACCGGACGGACGUGAGUUGUGUUACGCUUACAACAUCAAGCGUGGGUGUCAGGUCAAGGGAUGUCAGCGAGUUCACGCGUGCAGAUUUAAUUCAGUUUCGGAUUCCACUUCGGGUGUGCGCCCUUCGCUGCGGGUCCUCUACUUGUUUUCUGGUCCUACUCGAAAGGCGGAUGUUCGCGCCUGGCUGGAGGUCCUAUGCACGUCACAGAACAUCAUUUUGGAGAUGUCCGAAGUCGACAUCUGCCGUGACCCAAGUAUGGAUUUGCUGGACUCUGCAGUGGCUGAUCGGUGCUUGCUUCAAGUCCAAAAUUCGGAGUGGGACGUGGUCUUGCCACCUCUGGCAUGCGAUUCAUGGGGCCUCCUCGUUUUGAUUCUGCUGGACAAGUAUCUGGGGCCUCUGCCCAAGUACUGUGGCCACCGGCAUUCCAAUCGCCUUUUGGGUGCCGCCAACACUGCUGCUGCUGCCGCCUAUCCGCCUGAUUUAUGCAAGGCUAUCGCUUCCUGGACCUUCUCCGUCUUCGAUGGGGGAGGAGGUGCACCCUCGGUGGCUACGGUUCCCGAAUCUGCUCACUGCUUUCAGUUCCCGGCUAGGGAGGUUGAGGUUAAAGUGAGUUCUUCACAAGCGGAACAAAUGGCUGCGGUCUGCUUGGGAAAGGGUAGGAUCGCUCGGGAUAAACUUGGAUCUAUGCACUUCGAGCUUCCGGGCAAACGUAAGAGGGGAUCGGCUGAUUUCUUGAUCGACACGGAGGAGGUUGCGACGUUACCGGAACAGGACGACAUUCCAUUCAGUGAACUGAAGUCUGGUUGCGAAGGGCCACCGAUGGUGGGGGAUUUCGCUGGGUCCUCGGAUGAGUUCGUCGAUGGGUUUGGUCGCUGCUCUCCUGGUCGGUGGAAGCCAUGCAACCGGGGCACGGCGAUGUCCGCUGAAGCCUUAGACUUUGCGCAGCGCUUGAAAGAGAGGGUCAGGAUGUUCGUCGUGGAGUGUGUUCCGGACUUGGCGAAGUCGACUUUUCGUCUGGCGACGGGACACUGGAACGGGCCGCUCUUUGACCAGGGUCGCUUGGAAGAACUGAGGGAGGACUGGUUCAACAUGCUGCCUGAUCCCAUCCGGGCUCGGGAGAUGAUUCCUCAUCAACCCUUCUACUUGAGGGCGAUUUCUCAGACUCUUCGGAUUCUUGGAGACCCAGACUAUCGCAUCAUCGAGGAGGGGAAGUUCUGCUUCGUGAACGGUGUCGAGGUGGGGCACACGGCGCCAUUGGGGCCAGUGCCUCAAGUGUUCCGGAUCCGCAGAAAAGAUCAGAAGUACGAUGAGUCAACUUGGCAGCCGUUGAUGCAGAACUAUCGUGAUGGGGCUGAAGUCGACUUGGAGGAGGCUUUCACCAAAGAGGAGGCAGAAGGACGCAUGUUCCCGCUUUCUUUGGCGGAGGCGAAAACACGCUUCCCUGGUCCUGCGCUUCGCAUUGCCGCUCAAGCAGUGAUUCCGAAACCUGACCAUGAAUUCCGUGUGGUCCAUGAUGGGACCCACGGGGUUCACGUCAACAAUGAGAUUGUUAUGCUUGACCGUCUUGAAUCGCCUGGACCAAGGGAGAUUUCUUCGAUUCAGAAGCUGGGCAUGGUGGCAGAAGAGAAAGUCCUGUUCGGGCUUGUGGGAGACGUGAAAAAGGCGCACAGGCGAUAUUUGCACCACCCAGAGCAUUGGGGGGUGCUCGCUUGUAGAACGCGGAGCGAUUCAUCAGUCGUAUGGCUUAACCGCACAGGAACUUUCGGAAUUGCUUCGGCGGCCUAUUGGUUCGCCCGCUUGAUUGGCUUGGUGGGCCGCUUGUCUCUCAGAGUUAUGCUUCAGGCUUUUGUUUUCAUGCUUAUUUAUGCAGACGACCUACACCUGCUCAGCGGCGGUUCAGAUCGAUGGCUCAACCUCUGGAUGUCCCUUGCCCUUUUGUGCAUGCAGGGCACACCCUUCUCGGAGAAGAAGUGGCGCGGGGGACUGCAACUUGAUUGGGUCGGUUACUGGAUUGAUUAUGGCCGCUUUAAGCUUGGGAUUUCGGAGAAGAGAUGCCAGUGGAUCAUCCGAUCGAUUGAGGGCAUGGAGGGAGACGGCUGGCUUGUGGACGUUCGCCGUUUUCACGAACUCCAUGGCCGGCUAGGCUUUAUGUCGCAAAUCUUGAUAUGGAUCAGACCCUUCCUCGCGCCGGGCUACGCAUGGCUAGCGGUGGUCAGCAAAGGUGCGGUAUUGGCACUGCCCAACUUGAUCCGCUGCACCCUGCGAUUCAUUCUUGAUCGGCUCCGCGCAGGUUCACGAACGUAUCCUGCGGGGCUGGCGGAUAAGGAUUAUGGGGAACUCUUCAGAACCGACGCUGCUUGCAACUCUGACUCUGUGGUUCUAGGCGGUUGGUUCCUUGUCAGGGGUGUUGUCUGUAAAUCCGCUCUUUGGUUUCAGAUUACGCUUCGUUGCGAAGAAGCCCCUUGGCUCUUCAAGGAAGGUCUUGGGAGCUCCUGGGCCAGUACCUCUGCUGAACUGCUAUCCUCGCUGGUAGCGCUUCAUCUGCUGGAGAGGGAUUUUCCCGAGGUGUUUUCAUGUCCUGGCUCUUUCAGGGCCUGCUUCGCUGGUGGAGCAGACAACAAGUCGGCGGAUGCCAUUUCUGCCAGACUUCUCACGACAAAGGUCCCUGUGAUGUUUGUGCUGAUGGAAUACGCUCACCGCUGCGACUUGGCCGGGGUCAGAUGUCUCUUGAACUGGAGGCCGCGUGAUGCGAAUCAGGAGGCAGAUAGGAUCACGAAGAAUGAUUUCUCAGAUUUCUGUCCGGACCUUCGGGUCACUGUCAGCUGGAGUGAGUUGAACUUCUCAGUGCUUCCGUCUUUACUUCGAUUCGCGAACUUUCAGAGCACUCUGGAGGAUGCGCGUGCCUCUGCUUCUGGCGAAGGACAAUCUCCUUCUCGCAUUCGUUUCGAGAAGAGUCAGUGGGGCUGA